CUGACGUCAAGCCCGUGUGACGUCAUCCGCGCCGAGGCGCUGGCCGCCGGGGGCCUCGGGAGGGCAGGAGACGUCACGAGGCCUGGAGGUGGCCAGCUUGAGGCUCCGCGGCAGGUCUCUGGAUCCCGAGGCUCGGGAGCCACCUCUGCCCUCCACCUUCGCCACGCCUGCGAACCCCUGAAGCAUCCCGCCGCCAGCCGGCUCGCCCGCCUCGCCGCGGGCACGCGCACGCACGCAGCUGCGCACGCGCGUCCCCUCGGAACCCGGAAGUGCGAGCGGAGCCACGUGCGUGGAGCUGGCGCGGAGAUCGCAUGGGGGAGUCUAUCCCGCUAGCCGCCCCGGUGCCGGUGGAACAGGCGGUGCUGGAGACGUUCUUCUCUCACCUGGGUAUCUUCUCCUACGACAAGGCCAAGGACAAUGUGGAGAAGGAACGAGAGGUCAACAAGAGCGCGGGGGGCAGCUGGCUGUCGCUGCUGGCGGCCUUGGCGCACCUGGCCGCGGCCGAGAAGGUCUAUCACAGCCUCACCUACCUGGGGCAGAAACUAGGGGGCCAGUCAUUCUUCAGCAGGAAGGACUCCAUCCGAACCAUCUAUACUUCUCUGCAUAAUGAACUGAAAAAGGUGGUGGCCGGCCGUGGUGCCCCGGGUGGAACGGCUCCUCACGUGGAGGAGCUUCUCCCCCACCUGUCAGAGCAGCUCUGUUUCUUUGUUCAGGCUCGGAUGGAGAUCGCAGACUUCUACGAGAAGAUGUAUGCCCUCAGCACACAGAAGUUCAUCAACACCGAAGAGCUGGUCAGCACCUUGGAUACCAUCCUCAAGAAGUACAGCUCCAGGUUUCACCACCCCAUCCUCAGCCCUCUGGAGAGCAGUUUCCAGCUGGAAGUGGGCGUGCUGAGUCAUCUCCUCAAAGCACAGGCCCAGAUCUCGGAGUGGAAGUUCCUGCCAUCCCUGGUUACCUUGCACAAUGCUCACACGAAGCUUCAGAGCUGGGGCCAGACCUUUGAGAAGCAGCGGGAGACCAAGAAGCACCUGUUUGGAGGGCAGUCGCAGAAGGCCGUGCAGCCCCCACACCUUUUCCUCUGGCUGAUGAAACUCAAGACCAUGCUCCUGGCCAAGUUCAGCUUUUAUUUCCACGAGGCGCUGAGCCGACAGACGACCUCUUCGGAAAUGAAAGCGCUGACGGCCAAGGCCAACCCGGACCUCUUUGGAAAGAUCUCCAGUUUUAUCAGGAAAUACGAUGCUGCCAACGUGUCCUUAAUUUUUGACAACCGGGGCUCAGAGAGCUUUCAGGGUCAUGGCUACCACCACCCACAUUCCUACCGAGAGGCCCCUAAGGGAGUGGACCAGUACCCAGCCGUGGUGUCUCUGCCCAGUGACAGGCCGGUCAUGCACUGGCCCAAUGUUAUCAUGAUCAUGACAGACCGAGCAUCCGACCUGAACAGCUUGGAGAAAGUGGUCCACUUCUAUGAUGACAAAGUCCAGAGCACCUACUUCCUGACCCGCCCGGAACCCCACUUCACCAUCGUAGUCAUUUUUGAGUCAAAGAAAUCUGAAAGAGACUCCCAUUUUAUUUCCUUCCUCAAUGAGCUCUCUCUUGCCCUUAAGAAUCCCAAAGUGUUUGCAAGUCUGAAGCCUGGAUCCAAAGGUUAGCAGGCGUUUGCCCAAGGAGUCCCAAGGCUGGAUACAUGUUCUUAGUUGAGUAGUUUGUACUUUCAAUUUACUUUAGCUCAUGCUUCUUUCAGAGCCGAGCUAAAGACAGAUCCUCCCUAAUCAUGUUGCUCAGUUCAUAAGCAAUGAAGAGCAAGGACGGAGUCUCCACAAAGAGUCAUCUAGAGACCAUGGUGACUGAACCACCAUGGUACAGCAGAGGAGAGCUAACAUUUUCUGAGUUCCCUGUAUUUCAUGUCAAUUGAAUAUUUAUUGGUCUUACAUUUAUCUUUCCAGAUUCUUUUUGUUUGUUUGUUACUAUUCUGACCAUUGUGCCCAGGUACUUCCUCUUAUCCUCUCUCUGUCUGUCCCUGAAGAGCAGCAGGGAGAAGAUGGGAUUGUUUUCAGUUUCACAGACACUAGUAUUAACUAAUUUUACAAGAUAAUGUAAUUAGUAUUAUACUGUAAUUAGAAUCUUGGUGAGAAAUUUCUAUCAGGAGGUGAAGUGGGAGAUGACUGAUUGACACUGGUUCUUACAGCAGUUUAACCAGCCACAGGUCCUUUUCAGGUGACCUUCAGCCCCAUCCGCAUCAGUUUUUACCUUUAAAGGGUUUGGUAGUCCACUGUCCCAAGUCAGCCCAAGCCAUCGUUCAGGGUCUCCUCACUCUAGCUUAUUGUUGCCAGCUGGAUGUCACUUCUCUGCUGAACCGGGUUUGCAUCUGGUUUCAUGUCCCAUUCUUCUCAGGUUUGGAAAGCACGCGGCCAUGUGUUUGUAACUGUGUCUUAGUUUCCCACACAGCACAGUUUAUUUUUAUAAAAUCAAAACGAUGGACUUAAUACUUUGUGCUUGCUACACAAACCAGUUCUGCUCCACAGUCAGGUCAUCAGGGGAGCCCCGCAGCACUUCUGAGUGCGAUUUCUUGCCUUCUGGAGAUUAUGUUCGGAAGCAGUGCCGAGCUUCUCAGCACAGGCUGCUCUGUCCUCCUUCUGCAUGUUCACAGGGAAGCAGAUGGAAAGAAACCACCAAGAAGCAUUGAGCUGUUACUGCUGGGUUUGUCUCCUGGAGCUCGUGUAAACACUACAGUCAGAUGAGGUGUCCCACAGAGCAUGAGGCUCAUGCAGGGCAGUGGAGCCCCUCCCAGGCCUCCUGGUCAUGUGUGGUCUACCUGUACAAGAGUCCACUGGCCAGUUAUCUGCAUCUCCCACUGUCACACAGACUUAAGGCAGUUGUCUUUAAGCAGAAGGUAGUGACUCACUCUGCAUUUUCUCCAGGUUCUAGACAAAUAAGAACAAAUUUUAUAAUAUUGACCUUACAUUAAAAAAAUUGUACAUUAAAAAAAUUGAAAACACUUAGAAUUAAAAACCAAAAUAUUUUUCUUCUUUUUGUGUUUUGCUGAGAAACUGAAAAGUAAUCCUUGGUAUGUAUUUUUUUUUCCUGACUAAAACCACCAUUAGCCUUAAUGAUGUGGUUCCCCAGGUACCUAAAAGAAUAUAUAGGUUUCAGUAGACCAUGGAGGGAUGUAUAUAAAACAUAUAUAUAUAUAUAAAUAUAUAUUACUUAAAAUGGUCAAAUGCAUACAUAUUUGAAUUGUAUAUUUAUUUUUAAACAUAUUUUGAGAAAUCUAAGAGGUAUUUACAAAGAAUAGGAAGCAGAUGUGAAUAUUAAGAAAAUCUAUGGCAACAUAAACUCUUAAGUCCCUAUGCACUGUCAGUAUUGGAGGAACCUUGAAGAUUAGUACUGACUCUUUAAUCAUUUCUCAAGCUCCUCAAUAAAGUUUUAUAUAUAUUACA